AGUUGAGCAAAGUGAAGGAUGUUGAGUGAAUUAAUGAAAGACCAUUCCAAGAAUGCGAACGAUAAUUGCACAGCGUCCAUAACAGAAGAUUCUUGCGUAAACAUGAUACGCUAGGGCCUAACGAUGUCUAGCACACUGUCACGUUUUUGCACUCAAAGUUUUGUCUUCUCUGAUACGAUCACCACAUGAGAAUAUCACGACCACAAUUGCUCCAUGAUCUCCGGAAAUGUUAAUUGUAUUUCUGUUGAAAUCCUCUCAAUCUUGAUCGACAAUCGUGUUGACAUAAGGGUACCUAGUCGUAACAGACGACCUCCUAUACCAAGGAAGCGUCAUCCAGAAUGGCUUCCAAGACCAGUUCAUGCUCAUUAUAACGAAUCACUCACAUCGCAAAACAAAGAGUUCUUGUCAGAGUUUAUAGCAUCAAAUCGAGGACUUUUGAAUUCUACAUCACCAUUAUGUUCAGAUAUAAUUGAAAUAUCUAAGGAAUGGACUCCUAAGUCCCAGCGUACUGGCUUAAUUGGCAAAAAAAUUGGAAUAUAUCCAAUGUGGUUAAAAAAUGGACAGAAAGUAUUAAGUACAUUAAUACAGAUUGUAGAUAAUGAAGUUGUGAAAUAUAUACCACCAGAAAACUUUCAUCCAGUUAUCUCUAGGCGUAAACAAGUUAAGACGAAAAAAGGUUGUCUUGUAGUAGGUGCAGUAAAUAUUGAUCCACAGCUAAUUACUAAGGAAUAUUACGGAAUAUUUAAUGCAGCUGGAGUUACACCAAAGAAAACGCUAAUGAGGUUCAUUGUUUCGCCAGAUGCUGCUCUCCAACCAGGAACUCCUUUGUGUGCAGCUCAUUUUAAACCAGGAGAAUAUAUUGAUAUUAAAGGAAAAACGAUAGACCGCGGCUUUCAGGGUGUUAUGAAGCGGUGGGGAUUUCAUGGAAUGCCUGCCACUCAUGGUGUAACGAAAACACAUAGAAGACCCGGUAAUAUAGGUUCCGGAGGUGCAAAAGCUAGAGUAAUGCCUGGUACCAAAUUGCCUGGGCAUAUGGGAAAUAGCUGGCGUAUUCUCCGAGGUGUAAAGGUACUACGAGUAAAUACCAAAUUUAAUGUGAUUUGGGUAUUAGCUCCAAAUAUACCAGGAGAAACAAACACCAUGUGCUACUUGUAUGAUACGGUCCUUCCAUUGAGAAAGUCACAAUCGCCGCAUUUUCCUACAUAUUUAGGGAAUAUAAACGAAGAAUCACUCCCUGAUAAUUUGUAUGCUGAUGAUGUAUAUGUGUUCGGUGAUCCUUCACUCGAAUACACACCGGAAUCAUAAGUGUAAUAGAAUAGUAAAUAAAUGUUUUUGUUAUGAAAAUCCCA